AGCUUUUCACGUUUAGUUCUCUACCAGUGUUAUGUAUAUAGCAGCAAUACAAAUCCAUUGAAAUUUGGGGAAAUGGCUCUUAGCAAAACCAAAAUUAUCGAGGAAAUCGACGAUCUGUCCGAAAUGUUUCAAGCUAUGGCUGCUCUUGGUAUUUCGUGUAAAGGAUUAAAAACUUUGGACGACAUGAAAGCCCGAGCAAGAGCUGAAUUAAGUCAGACACCAAAUAAGCCAAGCUGGACAGCAGGACAGGCCUUCUCGAUUUUGUCACAAGCAAAAGACGAAGAUGAAAGGAAAAGAAGAGUGUUGCUGAAUUUUUUCUCUGAAAGCGAGAAUUGUCUGAAGAAACUGGAUUACAGACUUGUUCAAUUGCUAGAGCAGAACAUGGGCCCCAUUGAAGAAAAAAUAAAAAGUCACGAAGAACAACUUAAACAGAAGGAAUACUUUCUUCUUGUGGCAGGUGAGACAGGAUCUGGAAAAAGCAGCUUGGUGAAUCUCAUUCUGGGAGAGAAACUUCUUCCAUAUUCUGUACUCAGUACAACGUCCACCAUAUGCGAACUGAAGUAUGGAGAGCAACGAAGAAUUGUGGCCCACUUUAAGGACAAGGAUCCUAAGACAGGGCUUCCAACUAUGGAGUUCCCUCUACAGGCUGAAUCCUCUGAACAAAGUUAUCUUCAGCAGAUCUCUCAUUAUGUUCACGUGAAGAGUGAUCGAGAAAAAGGUUCAGUUUACAAAAAGAUUGAACUCUUUUGGCCUCACCAGCUUUUGGAGAAAGGCGUAGUAAUAAUUGACAGUCCGGGUGUUGGUGAGUCCGACAUCAUGGAUGGGAUAGUCACGCAGUAUUUACCAGAAGCCUUUGCGUUCAUUUAUGUCAUAAACAGUGCAAACGCUGGAGGAGUUCAGAAAGACAGACUUGAAAAGCUGCUAGAAGACGUGAGAAAAGUGACGCUUGAAGGACAGGGAGGAUUUUCUCCCCAGUGUGCCAUGUUCGUGUGCAACAAGUGGGACCAAAUACCUGAGAAAGAAGCUAGCGAGGUCAGGAAUCAUGUGAUCAAAAAGCUGAAGAACUGUUGGCCUGGUCUUGUUCCCGGGUCACAGAUCAUCCAUAUAUCGACGACGAACGCCAGUAUCGCUCAGAACCACGGAAUAAUCACCGAAGCCUUCUCCGCUCUUAUGAAUUGUAUGAAGUGUAUGGUCUUGAAGAGCAUCGAGGCCAGGCUAGAAAUGCAUUGGAAGUGGUUGGAUUGUCUUCUCUCGCGAGUAAUUUACCAAGGAAAGGUUUUCGUGAUGAACGCUUCUAGAGACCACAAGAACGUACAGCUGAGAAUGAACCUAAUUCUUCGCCGUUUGAGUCAGAUUAAGGCCGAACAAGGUCAAAUCAUUGAAAAGCUUCGCAAAGAUAUGAAAGCCCAUGUUAAUGAUGCUGUAAAGAGGCUCUCCGAAUACCUCAAAUCACCUGAUGUCAGAGCUCGCUUCACCUCAUGGACCUUGGACGAAGUUCCAAAGGCCGAGCACUCCUGGGAAGUGACCAAAAGCAACAUCACAAAAGCGUUACGAGCCCGUCUGAAAGAAAUCGUGGACCAAUGGGAGGAGGAUAACCAAGUGUUUACAAACGCUCGUGAGUCACUUGCACAGCACUUUCAAGAGCGGUACAACUUUGUUGAAGGGCAACUCCGAAAUCUCCAAGGAGCUGCCACAGCUGAGGACCAUGAUAUGCCAGAAAGUAAUCCUCCAGCAAAACCAUUGUUUACAACAGGUGAAAAGGUUAUCAUCGGAGUCGCUAGUCCAAUCUGGGUUCCACUUAGCCUAGUUGCGUUGGUGAUCGGCGCCCCUGUGGUCGGCAUACUGGCGAUUAAAAGCAAGAUAGAAGAUAAAAAUAAAAUUACUAAAUACGAGAGAAACAAGUGUGUUUUUAUGGCAGAAGCGUCCGCAAACUAUCUGGACGGUGUAUCAAACGAAACCGUGCUCAGAUUCUUCGUGAAGGACCAACUGAAGGAGGCUAAGUUGUGUCUGAAGCAAAUUGAAGCCCGCAUUCCAGAGCUUAUCGGGGCUGACGAGCUGUUGUUUAAUCAACUCCGUGACGAAACACGCUCUCAAAAAGAAAUACAAGACCUAUACCAACCAUCAGUGGAUGAGGCGUCUUAUAUCAGAGGACAUCUGGCAUUAUUUGGAUUAAAAGAAGUCCGUGCCGUGGACAUCAGCAGCCAUGAAUUAGACUGGAAAGAAGACAUUUCCCUCCGCCUUGGGUGUGGUGCGUUUGCCACUGUGUAUCAAGGAAUGCUGAAAAAACAUGAAGUGGAGCAAACCGUGGCAUUAAAGGUUUACAACGCAGUGCUUGAUGCCAUAAAUGCAAACCAAAUCAUGGCAGAAGUGGAACUGCUGAGAAAAUUAGACCAUCCUCACAUUGUAAAGUUUUAUGGCACAUCCCUUCUCGACAAAGACGGCAUCACAAGAGUGAUCUUGGUAAUGGAAAAAUGCAGAGGAAACUUAAAGAGUCUCAUAUUUCAUCACCCAGAAGCAGCUCCAGCAAAAUCUAGCAAUCCGGCUGUCUUUAGAGAAGUAUGUCGAUGGGCGAAAGAGAUCAGUGGUGCUCUUGUGUUCAUACACAAACAGGGAAUUAUUCACAGAAACCUCACGCUUGAGAACAUCCUGUUAUCAGAAGAGCACUCAGUGAGGAUUACCGAUGUUGCCGUUUCCAAAGAAGCAAAGAACGUCACGGGUACUUUGACGGGAACCCUUUUCUACAUCGCGCCGGAAGUGUUUCAUUCAAAGCUGUAUGACAGCAAAGUAGACAUUUACAGCUUUGGUCUAAUACUGUGGGAGAUGUGGUAUGGGAAACAGGCUUUCUCUGAAGUGAGGGCUUUCACUGCUAUCGUCGAUGCUGGUCAUCGUCCUAAACAUCUGAAAAACUGCGAGAAGCCUCCGCAGCCCUGGAAAGAAUUGAUGAAGAAAUGCUCGAAUGGAAACGCAGUGGGACGUCCUUCAGCUGAGGAAUGUAACCAAAAGACAACUGAACUGUAUGAACAGCUCGAGGUUGUAGAGUUAGUGUAACAUUUCAUUGUCGAAUGGACUAGUUUCUAGGGAACAGAAUGAAUGAAUGAAAAAAAAAAGGCUAAAUAAUACCUACAGCAUGAAAUCCAAAUUAAAAUUGCUUAAAGAAUCGUAAAAAUAAGGCCUCUUCUUUAUGGGCAAGUUCCGUGUUCCGUAAAGAUGCGUAAAUACAGAGAACGUGUAAAGACUGCGUAAAGGAUAUUAAACGUUCGUAAAGAAUAAGGAUCUAGAUGGAUAUGAUUCACCACUUUCUAGAGAAAUACAUAUUUUCUAGAGAGAUACUCAAAGAAGUGAAAUAAUUAUGUCUUGUCCAUCUUCAAUGGAAAUACCGGAUUAUUUUGAGCUGUUUCUCUUGACACAUUCUUUACGCAUUUUCACUCAUUGUUCUUCACGGACCUUUAAUUUUCUUUACGCCGAUCGAUCUUUACGCGCUUUUAUUAAACGCGUAAAGAUAUACAAACUCGUCUUUACGGUUAGAUUUCAUUAACAACUUCUUUACGAAACGCGUAAAGGUAGUUUUACGCUUCUUUGCAACGAAACUGUUGCAUGAUCAUCGUUUGUUGGCUGUAGUCAUUUCUGAUAUCACCAUUCUCAAAAUUUUAAAAGCCUGUAGACGUCUGGUCCUCACACAAACACGAAUUUAGUGGUUUUCACAUUAGGCACCAGUUUCUCUCGGUUUUCGCGCCAUUUUUAUUUUGGCGUCCUUUCGAAGGUGUGAAAAUGUCGAAGUAAGCACAAGCGUGGAUCGAUCUUUUGAUCAUUUUUCGCUGUUUGAACUCUGCUUCGCCUGAGCAAAAUCCAGUUCACCAUCGGUUCGUUUCCUUCGAUUUCAAGGCAAAGUUUUUGGCCGCAUACAACUGCUGAAGACAGUAUACCCCACACCAGAACAAUCAGUUUUUCUGUUUUUUUUCUUUUUUUUUUUUUUGCUAUAGCUGGAGUACCUUCAGGUAUUUACUCUAAGAAGGAAAGGCCAGUCCCUGCCAGUCUAUUGUUAAAAAACAUAAGAUGAAUUUUAUAGGGAAAUCUUCUGGUGGAAAUUCUUGGUGGAAAAACUCGGUAAAUAUUUAAAUUGCGUGUACUUAGGAUUAAUUUAGCUCAAAGAGAAUGAGUUUCAUCAAGUUUUUUUUUUUGGUGUUUUUUUUUUUUAAUCUGGACGGUUAUCUUGAUUUAGUAUUAGUGCUCUGGCCAUAUGAUUUACUAAAAUGUAUUUUACCUGACCAUUUUUCUGGAACACUUUAUUGUUAUUGCUGGUAUGUUCUGCUCUUGAUUUAGAGCUUUACUUUCGACUAAGUAAAACCACAGCAGACCUUAUUUCUUUAGUGGAGAUCACAUAUGGACAAUGUUAGCUAAUGUCAAAUAUCUCCUUCACCUAACUCAUCUUGGUAAAUGCAAGUACAGUUUGAUUAAGAAAAGGUGGUUAGUAAGAAACAAUAAUGAAGAGUAGCUAUUAAUAUUAGUUUUGCAAGUACUAUAAUGUAGCUGUAUUGGUAUCGUAUACACUGGAUAAUGUAAAGCGUAACCAGUAAGACAACCUUUCUUCCUCAAUCAGCUAGCUUGAGUUGUUGUUUGUUAGAGGUUGCACAACAGUUUUUGUUUAGUUUUCCUGUGCAUUUCUGUGACUUAUAUUUUAAUCUAAUUCCGUAAAACAGUUCUUGUAAUUUUUAUAUUGCUCUCGUUGUUUUAUUUUCAGUUGGCCAGACUCUCUUGGAAUCAUAGAGAAAAUGUGAAAAAUGAAAAACGUUUCGACUCUGUUAUUUUAUCGAAGGUAAAUAUGGUAAUUAUUCUCAUGAGCAUUCGUGGGACUGCUCAGUGUGGACUGUGCAAGCCCUAACGUAAGCUUAGAUUUUUUGGAAGUGUCAGUUUGAUACUUGAUUGACAGUUUCCGACUUUCUACCAGGUCAACAUAAAAGAGUGAGAGCUGGAUUUCAGGUUCAGCAAUAUCUACAGUAGUUCUUUUACAGUAGAUCAGCAGAGUUUACAGUAGAUCAGUAGUGUAUACUGAUCUACUAUACAAUAUAAUUACUUUUACAGUAGUUCAGUUCUUUUACAGUAUACGGCCUUAAUUGAAAGAAGGAGCGUCAUAUUGUUUUCCAUCCUCGGAGACCCAGGGCAGCUAGUCGGGACGAUGUGAUAUUUUAGGGCGUAAGUUUACUUCAAGAGCGGCGCGACUUACCCUAACCGAACCAGUUACAGAAGCGUUGGAAAUCUUGCCGCAGAUUGGCCAGAAUAAUAUUUUUUCUGGCCAGUCAGCGGGGAGGUAUUGCAAGGCGACUCUGUCGCCUUCUUACACGUGGCUUUCCUCAUCGAUCGAGGUAGCUACUUGGCCCGUGCAACGGGAUUAUUCUCGUGGAGAGUUUCAGAAAAAAUGUUCAAAGCAGCCGAGGAAAUCGCAAGCUGGAACAUGGGCGCAAGAAAACAAUACUCGUCGAUCAAUUUUCACGGCGGACACUUACCGAAGGUAUAUCGUAAAUUUUUAUAGCUAAUGUACACGAUUUCUGCACUGUUGUUGGUGGCGCGCGAAGACAGUCUAGCACACAACGUAUUAAUCUCGAACGCUUCUGGAACUGGUUCGGUAAGGUAAAUUCGACAUCAUGGAAAACGAAAGGAGUGUGCCUGCCUUGUGUUGUAACCAUCAUGGAUUUGGCUGUUUGUUGUGAAUGUGUUUUCAAACUUUUCAGGGAGAAGAGAGUUUCUAAACAAGAACAUAAAUUGACCAAGAUGUACUGAAUGAAUGUCUUGAAGUUUAAGCAAAUUAAAUUUCUUUAAACUAGGUUCUCUGUGAGCAUAAAACUAGGAAUUGAAGACUCGCAGACUAGCGACAAAAUUACAAUUCUCUGAAGGUUUGUUUUGUACGGUAAAUCCCCAAACUAGAUUACAGUAAGGUAUGGAAAUAUUAUUGAAUCUUAUAGAAUACGGAGAGAAGAUUUUGAAAGAAAGAAAAUAGACGUAAAUAUUAUA